AUGAAUAGUAUAAUUAGGGCUUGGCCAAAGGGUUUAGUUUCAUAUAAUAAUACAUUCAAUUCAACUAAAUUCAAAGUAACAGAAUAUGAAAGAACAAUUAUAAAAAGAUUUUUAUCUUCAAUAGAACAACAAUCUAAUUAUUCUUUUUCAAAAUCAUUACCAAAUUUACAAAAUAAUAGUUCAAAUAAUAAUAAUAAAGAAGCUUCACAAAAAAUUAUUAUUAGAAAUUCUGCAAUUUCUGAAAAAAGAACUCAAGAUACUCUAAAUUCUGAUUCAAUUAAAAGUUAUAAAUUUUUAAAAUCAAAAAAUAAUAUAUCACAAAAUGAAGUUUAUCAAAUUUGUAAUAAAAAAUUAAAAGAUGAAUUUUAUGGAAUUAAUAUUACAGAGUUUCGAUUAAUGUUAGAAAAAGAAAAUGAUCCAGAAUUUAUUAAACAUUUAUUUGGAUGGUGUACAAAAGAAAUGAAAACUACAGAUAUUACAAUUAUUGAAUCAUUUAUAGUUUAUUAUAGAAAGAAAAAGUCAAUGGAAUUUUUAAAAGUUUUAGAUUAUAUUGAUAAGACUGAUAUGCCACAAAAUAUAUUAAUUAUCAAUAUGACAUUAUUUUUCUACACAGAGAUGAAUAUGAUAGAGGAGGCAAAGAAAUUGGUUGGAUUGUUAUUCUCAAUGGGAAGUACAUUACCAGAGAGAACAUAUUUAGCAAUUUUAAAAAGUUUUGAAAGAGAUAUAAGUAUUGUCAAAGCAUUGCAUAAUAAAGUUGAGCAAGAUAAAGAAUUGGGUGUACCCGCGAGAUUAUAUAAUGAGAUGGCAGUGGCAUAUUUAAAGAACCAUUGUGAUAUGGAAUCUGCAUUAAGUUUAGUUGAAAAACUCGAAUCAAGUGGUAGCCCAUUAUAUCAGCAAACUGUAGUGUCGUUCAUUGCAUUCUUUAACAACAACGACAUGCCACAGAAAUCAAUAGCAUUGCUAAAGAGCACCUCUGAUAAAUACCCCAUUUGGUUCAUGAGUUUUAAAUUCAUACCAUCUUUAUCAGCUCACCUUCUUAAAUUAAUGCCAUAUAUUGAUAGUUUGCUAGACUAUAUGGAAGAGAAUAAAUCAAUUUCAAAGAUAUUAUAUAACGAAUUGAUUAAAGUUAAUUCUGAAAAUGGUGCUAGAAAUAGUGUAAUUAAACUUUACAAUAGAAUGAUUACAAUCUAUGUACCAGAUGCAGCAAAUAUAAAAGAUUUACUUUAUUUAGCAGUUAAAGAUAACAAUUUAGAAGAAUGUCAAUAUUGGUAUAAAGUUUCAUCAGAUUUAAAUUUUAAAUUAACAGCGAAAAUGGCAACUUAUUUAUUAAAAUUCCUUUUACGUAGUGCUCAAUAUGAUCUAAUUGAUGAUGUUAUAGCUCAAUGUAGUGCUGAUAGAACAAUUUGUACACCUUGGAAUGUUGGUUUUAUCAUUUAUUAUCUUAAUGUUGUUAGAGGUGAAUCAUCACCAAAAUUAAAUCAACCUAAAAAAUCUGUAAAAUCAACAACAUCAUCAAAAUUAUCAUCAAUACCAAAUUUACAACAACAACAACAACAACAACAACAACAACAACAACAACAACAACAACAACAACAACAACAACAACAACAACAACAACAACAACAACAACAACAACAACAACAACAACAACAACAACAACAACAACAACAACAACAACAACAACAACAACAACAACAACAAUCAACAAUAACUUCUGCAACAACAACAACAACAACUAUUGCAGAAACAACAACAACAACAACAACAACAACAACUACAGAAACAACAGAAACAAUAAAUUCAGAAAAAUAUUUAAAACUUUAUAAAGAAUAUUAUGAAUAUCUUUCAUAUAAAGAAAAUGAAUUUAUUGAUGAAUCAAUAGAUUCAAUUAUUCAAUGUUGUUUAAUUGAAGAUUAUUAUGAAGAUGCAAAGAGAUGGUAUCAAAUAAAAAUAGAUGAUUUUAAGAUUACACCAAAUAGAAAUACAUUUUCAAAUUUCCUUUCUUAUCAUAUGUUAAGAAUGGAACAUUAUGAAUGGUCCUAUUGGAAGAAUGAAAUGAAAAAACAUAUUAAAAAUGAUAUUAAGAAUGAAAAGUUAGAACAAUCCAUUUUCGAAUAUUUUAAUAAAUAUUAUAAAAAUAAGAAAUCAACAAUUAAAGAUCAAGAGGAGUUUUUUAAAAAGGCAGGUACAGAUUCAAUUAUUGAAAAGUUUAAUUCAUUGUUAGCUCAAAAGAAAGAGAAAGAAGCUUUCGAAUAUUUUGAAGAGCGUGUAAAACGUCAGGAUAAGAACAGUGAUUAUUUCAUACCAAGACAUUUCUAUGCAAAGGUUUUGGAUCGUUCAUUGGCAUUACAAAAUGCUCAACAUAUUGUAUCAAUGUUUACACUAUUCACAAAGGUUGGUGGUAUAGUUCCAAAUUUAGAAAUCAUUCAAAAAGUAUUCGAUAAAUUGUUUUUACUUCAAAAUUAUCAAGAUUUUCAAGAAACCAUUGACAGUUUACCAAAUACUGCAUCGAUGGGAGGACAUUAUAAGAUUGCCCAUGCAACUCUAUUGGCAAAGAGAUCACCAACUAAAUUAUUCAUUGAUUAUCUAUCAAAACCAGAGAAUAUUCAUUUGGCAGAGAAUGAUUAUAUUAGAAAUGGUUUACUAUUGGGUUUAUUAAGAGAUAAUUUAUUCCCUGAGGCAACAAGAUUAUUGGCUUCAUUGUUAACUUCAAAAUCAAGUGGAAUUCAAACUGAUACUUUAUUUUCCUAUAUAGAGAAAGUGGUGGAUCAUAAAUAUAAUACCGAUAUAAUGCCAUUGAUAAGUUCUCAUUUUAAAACUAAUUUCAUAAGAGAUCCAAAACAUUAUCUACCAUUAGGUAAUGCUUCAGUUUCUUUCCUUAGAGGUGACACUCAAAAUGCUUAUAAAAUAAUCAGAGGAGUUUUAUACAUUCCAAAUGUUUUUUUAAAAGAUGUCUUUAUGAAAUUAGCUGUUAGGGUCUAUUCAAAACAAUAUCCAAUUCCAGUCAAUCAUGCAAAUAUAGAUUUCUUAUUGAAUUUGGUAGCAAAAGCUGAAACUAUGGGAAUUCAUAAAAAUUUAAUGUAUCUUGAACUCUUUAAAUGUUUUAUCGAAGCUGAUCGUUCUGAUGUCGUGAGAGAUAUUAUAAAGAUUGAUUUCCCUUUUGCUCAAUUGUCUCAAGAUAUGAUUUAUUAUAUCCUAUUAGCACAUAAAUAUCAACAUCCUUCAAAAUUUUUAACACUCACAACUAAAAUCCUUAAGAAUUGUACAAUCUCUGAUUUAAAAUCAGUAUCCUUAGUUAUUGAACAAUUUAAAUUACUAUCAAACAAAACUAAUCCAUUAGAAUAUUUAAAAACUUCCUAUCCAUUAGUUUAUCAACUCAUCACUACUAUACCUCCUCAAACUCAUCCUGGUUUUGAACCUCCAACUGAACGAGCUCUAGAUUUUUUAAAUCGUCAUUUAAUUAAUCCAACAUCAUCUGAAAUUAAGAUUUAA